CUGAAGAGGAGACAGCAGAGUGAAACUAGUUUUUAACUCUCUGUACUGUACUCGGCUCUACGCUAUGGUACUGCUAAGCACUGCACAACACUGUGUAGCGUUCAUGGUCCCAUGAUGAGGUAGUCCCGCCUGCAAACUUCAAAACCAGUGUCUGCCCUCAGCCCAAGAGGGAAUUUCCUAUUGGUAUAACAGUCUAAGACGUUGGUUGCUCCUGUGGGAGACCCAGGAUCAUAUUCAACAUGUUACAUUGGUGCCCAACGUGGGGUGGUUUCUCAUGGGGGAGGAGUUCAAAGGGGGGGAGACCGGGAGUCCCAUAGGGCAACGCACAAUUGGCCCAGCGUCAUCCAGGUAAGGGAAGGGUUUGGCUGGGGUGGCUUUACUUGGCUCAUUGCACUCUAGUGACUCCUUGUGGUGGGCCGGGGCGCUUGCAGGCUGACUUCGGUCAUCAGUUGAACAGUGUUUCCUCCAACACAUUGGUGCAGCUGGCUUCCGGGUUAAGCUGGCAGGUGUUAAGGAGCGCAGUUUGGUGGGUCAUGUUUCGAGGAAGCAUGACUCAACCUUUACCUCUCCAGAGCCUGUUGGGGAGUUGAGACAAGAUUGUAAUUGAAAUUGGGAGGAAAAAGUGGUGGGAAAAAAGUUAAAUGAGGCAAAGUCAAACACCUGUAUGCCUGCAGUAAGAAAUAGCGGAGGGAGCUUUAGACAGAUAGUCUUUAUAGAAUGUAAUUCCAGAUAUAAGAAUGGUUUUUGUAAAGAUGCUGGUCUUGACAACAUACAAUACUUUAUGAAAGACAACAGAAUACAGUAUGAUGGGCGGUCUAACAUUGGUUUGGACAUUAUUAUGUAGUUGUGUAAUAUCAGCUGUUUGUUUUUAGAGAAUGUUUUUUACUGUAACAAUCUGUUUUACAGGGUCAGCUAUAGUAGUACAGUGCCCCUGGAGCAAAUUAGGGUUAAGUGUCUUGUUCAAGGGCACAUCGGCAGAUGUUUCACCUUGUCGGCUCUGGUAUUCGAACCAGCGACAUUUCGGUCCUUUAAAUCGAUAGUUGUUAGAGUGCUCCAUUAGUUGGUGUUGGGUGGGUGCGUUAUUAGGCCUCUAGUUGCUGGGAAUGGAUUUGAUAUGGCCAGUUUAACUCCCUGAGUUACUGUGACCCUGCUGAGUUACUGUGACCCUGGCAUCUUCAAGUGUCAUAUUUGUCUAAAUAGACUUGUACUGAGUUAAAUGUUCUCCUUCAACAUUGAGCCUAAUGACUCGGCUGGUCGAGUGUAUAAUGUCAGUUAGCUGCAGGGCUUGGUGAAGCCAGUCUUAUGACUUGUCUGAUUAUAACGCUCUGUACUCAGUGUUUGUUGUUUGGAGGCUGUUUUCUGCUCUUUGUUGGGGGUAUAUAAGAGGUCUAGAUAGCCCAUCCCCAAAAGAUCAACUGGAGGACUCGGGAGCAGGACAAACACUACAUACUAGAGACCAGUAGAAGGAAUAGCUUAGAGAUUUUCAAUCCAGACCAGGGAACCAGUACACGCAGAAUAUUGUGUACUUGUAUGUGACUGACUUCUCUAGACAUCCCAAAAUCCUUCUACCUUUUGUGUUGUCAAGUAUCGUAAUCAGUGCAAACGACUUUAGGGUGACCUUUUACAGACGUAGUGUGUCUAGCAGCCGUAAGCCCCUGUUGAGAGCCAGGGUUCGUCUGUUCUCCUGACCUGUAGGCAGUUAAUAACAGAGGACAUGAAUAAGGUUCAGGGUGAGCUGAGUGAGCGAGAGCAGCAGAUGCUGCGUAUACGGAGAGACAGCGUCACGAAGGCCUUCCAGCUCUCCAAGAUGGAGAAGAUGCUAGCCGAGACCAGAGGAAAGCUGGACAAGAAGACUGAGCCUGGUACAGAAAGUAAAGGACGGGACAACCGGGACGACAUGGUCCAGGACCUGGAGGAUAAGGUGCGUUUCACCAGGAGAGACAGGAGGAACUCCCUGCACCGCACCCAGCUGCUGGAGAGCCAGAUGAAGACUGUGAAGGGAGAGCUGGUGGACACACUGGACCACCUGCAGGAGCUGCGAGACAGGCUGAGACGCUCACAGGCCAACGCAGAGCAGCGCAAAGUUGACAUGGAGAAACUGCAAGCAGGGAUGAGGUGAGCCAACAACCCCAAUGGUUCUGGCUCAAUGUGCAGGGGCAGAGGCUCCUUCAGUCUUCUACUAUGCUCACAACCACUUGGUUCUUGGUACUUUGGCCUCCCUUGGUACCUGCUUCACUCUUUUUCACCAAUGGGGCCAGAACACCUCAGUCUUGACGACAAAGCUGAAUCCAAAUAGUUUUUUUAACUGUAACAAAUGUAUAUUUCCUCUUUACAGUUUGUACUACUUAUCUACUUUGUUUUUACUCCGUUUUCACUUCCCACAAACUGCUUUUGUGACUUGGUUGUUGUUAGGGAUUGAUAAACACUUAACUUAUGUUAGCUCCUAUUCCCAGCACUGUAUUUCCUGUCCGUGUUGUGUGGAAACUCAGAGCCAGACCAGAAUGUCAAUUACCGAAAAACUGUGCUGCAAUCCAAUGGGAAAGAAGCAAAAAAUAUAACUGUAGUUAUCUGUUUUUAACUUGUCUUAAAUUGAGAUAAACUUGUGCAACCCUGUGUUGCUUGUGGUGUUGGGUUGUCAAAGGUUAUUAUGUACAUAAAUACAUUUUCCAGGGGAUGAAGACUGAUCUUCUCUGAGACCAAUGAUGGCUGAUAAACAACACUGAUCCCCCCUCUUUGUCAUAUAUCACUUGGAGGCAGUGGUCAGUGAACCUGGUUUUGGGGUGUCUAUUGGUGCUGUUUCAAACAUACAUUCUGUGAAACAGCAGCAGCCCAUGAAUAUGGUGUAACAAAGUUCAACUUGUGCUAUUUUUUUUAUAAGGUCAUGUGUCAUUGACCUCAUUACAUUCUUGCCUGCCCUCCAGUUCCUAUUCAUACAGUAUGAAAAGAAAACCGCAAGUAUCAUGUCUGUUUUACUGGGGGAUUUUCCAUACUGAAAUUAAACAGUCCCUGUUUCAAUUGAAAAUAUUUUAGUGCGAAGUUCAGCCAAGAUGUAGCACUACUUGUAUUAUAAGAUGAAAGGCACACAUUCAUUCAUUUUUUUUGUCAGACAGAUUAUAAAAUGGGUGACUUGGCAACCUCUACUGUUCCUCUGUCUUGUCACAUGGAUGUGACCACUGAACUGGACAAGUUGCUAUGGAAACUAUUGUAUUAUCAGUACACUGCAGAAAGCUAUGGAAGCUACCCGCAAAAGCAGCAGUCUGCAAUGUAUUACAUGUGAAUUAAAAUGUAAACAUGA